AUGUCGGCCAUCACUAUUUACCCUAGCCUUCGCGACAAGGUCGUCCUCAUCUCCGGCGGCGCUGAGGGCAUCGGCGCCGCCGCCGUCGAGCUCUUCUGCCGCAACCACGCCCGCGUCGUCUUCCUCGACAUCGGCACCGCCCCGGCCGAGGCCCUUAUCGCCCACGUUAAGACCUCCUACCCCGACGUGCCUGCCCCAGUCUUCCUCCACUGCGACGUUACCGACCUCGCCCGUGUUAAGGACUGUGCCGACAAGGUUAUCGACAACUUUGGCACCAUCCACGUGCUCGUCAACAAUGCCUGGGCUGGCGGACCGGGGACCAAGGCCCCAACCUCUGACAUUACCCCGGAGUCUUUCGAAGUGGACGUUAACGGCGGCCUCCGCCACCAGUUCUUCCUGACUCAGGCUAUCGUCCCCGCGAUGCGCCGGCAGCGCGCCGGCAGCAUCAUCAACAUGGGUUCUAUUAGCUGGUGCAUCGCCGCCACCGAGACCCCAAUCUACUCUACCUGUAAGGCCGCCAUCCUCGGCAUGACCCGCGUCCACAGUAAGGAGUUCGGCCCGGACGGCAUCCGCGUCAACAGCGUCAUGCCAGGCUCUAUCGCCACCCGGCGCCAGAAAGAGCAGGUCCUCACCGACGAGUACCGUGACAAGACCUUGGCGGCGCAAAGCCUCAAGAGGGUGCUUGAGCCCGCCGACGUGGCGCCUCUGAUCGUGUUCCUGGCCUCGGAUGAUGCGAGCGCCAUUACCGGAGGAAGCCAUGUUGUCGACGGUGGCUGGGUUAGCAACCCUUGA